GACUUUCCGAUGUUGCACUUCUUCUCGCCAUUGCUUUCUAAAGUCUUCAAGCUCUUGCUGAUUAGCCGUUGCGGGACUCUGAGAAUCCAUAAUGAACACCACCGAGUCGAUAACGCAAGACAGCAUCGCACUUAUCCGCAAAAGGGAGCUUAUGCUGCGGUCAAUUCAAACCCCGACGGUAAGAUAACGCACCGACAAAAGAUCCAUAUGCAGUGCUGUCAAGGCUUGCAUAACAUCAUGGGAACUUGUUCAGCUGAAGAAGGUUUUGAAUAUAAUAGAUGGAUUGAACAUGGUAUCCGUAAGCGUUAUGCACGGGAAGCAGUUUCCUUAUUUCAUGGUUGUUCAAGUAUCAUCGUCAUGCAUUAGAGAGUGGCUUAGCGAAUUUCGAGCUGCCUUUCAAGGUUCGCACCGAUGGGCUGGUGGGGCAGACUUCCCAAAGCUGCAGUGUUACAGCACCAUGGCCAAGUCACCGCAGGAUUACAAAAAGACAAGCCAACAAUUUCACUCACAGCUAGAACACUUGCAUCGCCUGUUAUACUCGACCAAACCGUGUCCUUCAACGGCAACGGCUAUUAUCAAAAGUAUCAAUGACGCCGAAACUCCUUACAAGGCUGUCACGGAUCAGCAGAUCAUAGAUAUAUUUGUAACUGGAUGCAAAGCGUUAAAGUAUACGGACGACGCUUGCCCGCCAUUUUUGAAGUUCAUGUUCAAGCAAUCUUCGAAACAUAUUCGUAUUACGAAACUGCGAUCGGCACAAUUAGAAACCUGUGUUACGUUUAUCUUGGAUGGACUGGAUACGGAUAUUGAUGCUGAAUUACGAGUCGAUCUGCUUCGCGCCUUCAGCGCAUUACUGUUUGAAAAUGCCGCUAAUACUGCCAAGUUUUAUCCAAGAAUUGCAAAGACUUUGCUACGGGCCGCGGAUCGAUCGACCACACCACUGGAAGUUCGGCGGAUGGCCAUCAACUGUAUCGGUAACACUUGCGCUGGCGCAGGGUCCAAGUUACAGCCUUAUUACAGCGAUUACUACGAAGUCUUGCUGUCCAAUAUAUGCGCGGUGGAUCAUACCUCACGCGGGACCAUGAUGGUUGCUUCUACUUCCUUGGACUUUGCCGAUCCAGCUGUACGAAAAGUGGCUAGCAGUACAUUGCGGGCUUUACAAUUUGUGCUGGGCCAAGACAAGUCCUUGGUCACCAAUCCUUUAUGCGAUAUCAUCGAUAUCAUCCACACCUUUAUUUUUAUGCAUGUGUCUGUCCAAUCCUACAAUUCAAUUCUCGCGGCAAUGAAAGAUAUUGAAUUAACCUCAACCGCAUCCUCACCUCACCGACUUGCCCGUAUUCGUGGCGUCAUUUCUCCUCCGCGUUCUCAUUCUUGGCGACCCAAUAUGCACAAGUUUGUUAGCGCCACCAGUUCCGAUUCGGAAUUGUCGGAUUCGGAUCCCGUCAAUUUGAAUCCUCGUCGACAGAGAGACGAUGCCAAAAUCCGUAUCAACGCACUGCUGUGCCUUGCUGCGGUUGCCAAGACGUCAUCUCGCGCAUUAUACCCGCACUGGCAACGCUUUAUACCAGAUUCCUUUACUAUCUUCCUUAGCAAUAAUACGGAUCCUCUCUCUGCUGCGAAACAGCCGCUUCAUCUAUCGCCUGUUUUACGUUCCGACAAUCAACCAUUCUCAUUGUUCACCAUUUUGCUCUACGAUCCCAUGCCCACUGUACGCACCGCCGCUUGCAACGUGCUUCUUUCCAUGUUUGAUGGUGCGAAACAGUACUUGAGCGUUGCAUCCGAGAGCGACGCAAAAACAUCGUUUACGUCUUUAUCCGGGAAGUUGGCAUCUAUCCUAAGGGAUUGUCAUCAAGGUCUGAUCUGUGUUAUUGAAAGAGAGCAGGACCCGCGGAUCUUGGGUCUUGUUAUGAAAGUGGCUUGCACCUUGGUUGCCAACUGUACCUAUGAUCGACUUGCCACGGGUUAUCUUUCUCGGCUGUACCAUACUGUAUUGAAAAGAUGGCAUUCGGCUUCCCUUGAAAUUCGAAGCUCAAUUCUGCAAGUGAUAUCUGCUAUUUUGGAGGCAUUCUCCGGUCACCAAGAAGUGGCCGCACUGGUAGAGCAGCCCAUCGACGAAAAUGAUAUUUCUGUCGACAAUCUUGUGGUUUUCUUUUUGGUUUCCAUUGCCGCAAAAGAAGCAGUGACUGAUGCGAAUGGAUAUAAAAUUGAGCUGUGGCAUACUUUUGCCACGCUGGCCAAAACCCAUUUUGCUACCGUAUGGCAUGGACGGAUAUUAGCGAUCUUUUUGAAAAAGAGCUGAACGACAAGGAUCCGGCCAUCCGAGCUGCGGCUCUCAAAUUUGCCGAAUCGUACGCUUAUGCAAUUAACGAAAGUUUUGAUAUCACCCAAGACGUGCUCGUUACGGAUAAGUAUGUGAACUGGUGGACAGUUAUGAUUGAAAAGUAUAUCCAACAAUCGUCGCUGGAUGAAUCGCCUUUGGUACGA